AUGUGCGAGCAAAGCCCCAGAAGUCGGCAGCGAGCACAGGCUUCCCAGACAGCCACCUCCCAGAGUCACUGGGCAUUGCCAGGUGGCCAGGCUGUGGGGUGGGGGCAGUCCCCUCCCAGCCACACUGAAAGCAGGUGGGCAUCCAGCAACACCGCUGCUACACCCCAGGCCGCCUUCCUGGGCACCAGUUGCCGAGGCAACGGGGGUACUUUGAAAAUAUCCUUUUUUAGAUGUGACUGCCAGGAAGAAGAGCAAGAUGCCACAUACACGUGUGGCUUAAUGGAGACUAUUGAUAAGGAGGAGGAGGAGGGAAUUAUCUUCUUCUUCCCACUCUUACCCACCCAGAAGCAAUUAGUGAACAGGGAACAAAGAAAGGAGCCCCUGCAAAGCGCAGAGCUUUCUUCUGGGGGCGCAUUUCUGCAGCCCGGAGUCAGCACGGUCCGCUCGCCCGGAAACAUCCCCGGCGGCGAGUACAGGCAGGCACGCGAGAACUCUCUCCUGCCUGCGUGGGAGGCAAAAGCCGCCCUGGCUGCCCACGCCGCAGCCCUGUGCUCUGCGCCCGCCAGCCCCCAGUCCCACAGCGACGCGCCUCCUAGUCCCACAGCCCCGAGCCCCGCAGCCCCGCGCGCCUCAGCCCGCAGCGCUCUCGCCCGGCAGCACUGCCCCCUGAAUGACAAGAAAAAAUACUUUCCGCCGCCGCCGUCCCCAGAAGCCGCCAGGACCCUCGCGCUGUCGCCGCCGCAGCCCAGAUCCCCGCACCUGCCGGGGGAGACCUUCAGGCAGGGCUGCACCUUCGAACAAAGAGUAGAUGUCCGACUUAUUCGAGAGCAGCAUCCAGCCAAAAUCCCGGUGAUAACAGAAUGAUACAAGGGUGAGAAGCAGCUUCCUGUCCUGGAUAAAACGAAGUUCCUUGUACCUGACGUUCGAGACGUCAACGAGAGUGAGCUCAUCAAGAUAAUUAGAAGGCGCUUACAGCUCAAUGCUAAUCAAUCCUUCCUCCUGGUGGUGAGCGGACACAGCGUGGUGGGCGUCUUCAUGGUCUCAGAGGUGUAUGAGAGUGAGGAUGAAGGUGGAUUCCUGUACAUGGUCUAUGUCUCCCAUGAGACGUUUGGGAUGAAAUUGUCAGUGUAA